ACUGCUUUCCGUUUCCGAGUUUGGCGUUCCACUAAAUUCCACUUCAGUGUUUUUGUUUACGUUUCACAAACUCUGAAUGAUUUCUGUCAGCUUUCAUUUCAGUUUAGUACGGACAAGCAUUAAUAGCGAUUUUGUUGUAUAAACAAUUACAAACAUGUCUAUCGAAUAUUUGCAAGUAGCGGAGGAUGAAAACGAAGAACCUAUAGAACUACCUAUUGAAGAUGAUGGGACCCUACUGCUUAGUACCUUAGCUGCACAAUAUCCCGGUGCUUCUGGCCUGAAAUAUAAAACUUCGGAAAGUAAAUCAUUUAGGGGCGUUCGACUGAGUGAAGGAAGACUUCAUCCUCCUCCUGAUGGAGGAUGGGGCUCCGAAGUGUUUUAUUGUGUUUUUCCCAAAGAGAAUAAGAGAAAGAGUGAUGACAAUCUGGAGAAUUCGACUGCAAAAACUAAACGAAUAGAAACUAACUUACGUUGUACAGAUUUGAUUGUGCUUGGUUUGCCUUGGAAAACGACUGAGCAGGAAUUGCGAGAAUAUUUUGAAAAGUUUGGGGACGUAUUGAUGGUACAAGUGAAAAGAGAUGUCAAAACGCAGGAAUCUAAAGGAUUUGGAUUUAUCAGGUUUGCAUCGAAUGAAUCUCAGAUAAGAGUUUUAUCGCAGAGGCAUAUGAUUGAAGGAAGGUGGUGUGAUGUGAAACUUCCCAACUCGAAAGACGGAACAGUUCAACGAGCUCCCUGCAAAGUGUUUGUUGGAAGAGUUUCAGAGGAUUUGACUGAAAAGGACUUCAGAGAAUACUUUGGUCAAUUCGGAGAAGUAACAGAUGUUUUUAUUCCAAGACCAUUCAGGGCGUUCAGUUUUGUCACAUUCUUGGACCCUGAAGUAGCCCAGUCACUUUGCGGAGAAGAUCACAUUAUCAAAGGAGUUUCGGUUCAUGUAUCCAAUGCGGCUCCAAAGACGAGAGGCGGGAGUGGUCCCAGAAGCGAAAGGUUUGGUGGCGGCGGACAAAAUCUGGGUGGCAAUAACCAAAGUAGUUAUGACGGUGGUAUGUACAAUCAGCGAUACAACGGGCCCAAUCAAGGUUUAUGGGGCAGCCAAGGUGGCAGGGGGAAUAUUGAUAUGCCAAACAUGCAAGCAUUGGGUAUAACAGGUCAAGGGCCUCAGGGCAACAACCAGAAUAAUCCGCUGGGUGUUGGUUUGAAUGCGCUAGGUGUAGGUCCAGCUUUGGUAGCAGCACUGAAUCAAGCCGGAUGGGGCCUCAUCAGCAAUCUCCAGAACCAACCUGAACCUAAUUUCAAUCAAGGAUACGGAAAUGGUCCUGGAAAUAAGCAAGGUGGCCAAGGUGGAGGGAGCGCUGCAAAUCAGAGAAUGACCAAUACUGGGUAUUCUAAUUGGACAGGUCAAGGAGGUAGCGCUGGCCAAGGAGGCAGCGUAGGAGGUCUAAAAACUUAUGAAGGGCAUUGGUCUUCUAGGCCGCACCAUUCAAAUGAUGAUAAGGGAUUCAUGAAAUAUGAUUGAAAGAUAAUGAACCAGGAUCACAUGAAGAAAAUGGUCGGUGUUCUAAUUUAUUUUUUUGUGAGAACAAUUUCUCAUAUUUCAUACCUAAAAUCCUUGUACUAGAGUUCUAAAGUAAUGAGUCAAAGAUCAGUUUUGUAUGAAUACAUAUUUCUCGUGUUGGACCAUUGAUAUGUACCUAGUUUUUAAGUCUUAUGAAAUGUAUGAAAAGUACUGGUGUUGAGCGUGAAUAAAUCAGAAUACAUUAAUUAA